AUGGCCAUUUCCAAGGUCGAGUCUCCUUUGAAACGAGCGGCUCUGGUGCCCGACUUGCAAACCCAGGAGGUGUGCCAGUGCGGACUAUCCCAGGUAUUUGCCCACCCUGCUAUCUUUGUGUUAUGGGUGCAAAACGCUCCUGCAGUAAAAACCGCAACUGGUAUUUCCUCGCAAUCAAUGCCAAUGCUACCACACGGAGCCCGCGUCGCCGAACAUCACUUCGCCCCUCACGAGAACCAAGGCUAUCAAGGGUACGGGCCUCGCGAUAAGCUGCAUUGCGAGUCAAGGUGGAGGUCGUUUGCCCAGUCCACCAUGCCUACUCAGACAACGUCGCUAGAAGAGAAAAGGGUCGACGAGGAUUGGCUGGAUGCACAUUUUGGAGACUAUUCCGAGCCCUGGCAAGGCAAGACCGACGAAGCAGAUUUAGAGAGUGGUUUUGGUAGUCUGAGCUUGAACCAAAGGCGGAAGAAAGUUAUGAACCGGUUUCAACGCACCAUUCUACAAAGCCCUAUGAUUCCUCUCAUAAUCCGACUGACGGUCUUCGUUUUUUCGGUGAUCGCCCUCGGUCUUGGUGGUUCCAUUCGUCAUUUCGCUUCAAAAUUCAAACAUCCACAGGGCCCAUCCGCAGAAAUGGCUAUUGUUGUCGACGCCGUCGCGCUCGUCUACCUUGUGUAUAUAACUUGGGACGAGUAUACGGGGAAACCAUUAGGGCUUCGGCUUCCAAGGGCUAAAAUGAGGCUUCUUUUCCUGGACCUUAUCUUUAUUGUCUUUGCUUCAGCAAAUCUGAGCUUAGCACUAGCCUCGUUAUCCGAUGUGACCAGGUCUUGUCGGUCUGGAACGGUGAAUGAUGAAUUCGAUCCCAAGAACGACAUGAUUUGUGACAGACAGAAAGCAUUGGCGUCUGUUUUGCUUGUUGCACUACUUGCAUGGUUGAUGACCUUUGCUAUCAGUGUGUUAAGGGUCGUUGAACGAGUAUCACCAAAAUAA